AUGACAUCAGGCAACAUCCUCCAACUGCCCUUCCGGCGCACCCUCACCGUUUCCCUCUCAGACGCAAUUACGCAAUACAUUUCUUCCAAAUAUGACCAACGACCGGAUAUGUUCGCAGAUGAUCUGCUUAUUCUCGAUAGACUGCGCUCCGAGGCUGUGAAUGUGCAGGAACCGCAUGUUAGCGGAGUUAGUCGAUUGGUUACUUAUGCGGCGCAGCUGAAGUGGUUGGGUGGGAAGUUUCCUGUUGAUGUUGGGGUGGAUUUUUCGUGGUAUCCUGCUUUUGGGUUUAAUACGUCUCGACCAAUCGUGCAGAAUAAUUUACGAUUCGAACUCGCCAACGUGCUAUUCAACCUUGCCGCGCUGUACUCGCAACUCGCCUACUCCCUGAAUAGGACAACGUCAGACGGCCUCAAACAAGCAUGCAACUACUUCUCACAAAGCGCUGGCGUUAUCACCCACCUCCGAAAAGACAUCAUACCCGACCUCCGCGCCUCACCGCCAGAAGACAUGGAUGAAAUGACGCUACAAAGUCUAGAAGAACUCCUCUUAGCGCAAGCGCAGGAAUGUUUCUGGCAAAAAGCCGUCAAGGAUGGACUCAAAGAUGCCUCUAUAGCGCGAUUAGCGGCACAAGUGUGUGAUUUUUAUGCGGAUGCUGGUGAUUACGCGGUCAAGUCGAAUGCGAUCAGUACGGAUUGGAUACAUCACAUGUCUGCUAAACAUCAUCAUUUCGCAGCUGCGGCGCAAUAUCGACAGUCUCUCGAUUGUUUGGAUAAGAGGAAAUACGGUGAAGAAGUUGCGCGGCUAAGGGAUAGCCUGAAAUGUGUCAAUGAUGCUCUCAAGGAGUCUAAAUGGAUCAAUCGGAUUGUACUGGGUGAUUUGAAUGGGUUGAGAACUCGAGUGACGGAAGAUCUCAAGCGAGCCGAAAAGGAUAAUGAUCUUAUCUAUCUUAUGCCGGUGCCGCCAAAAUCGGAAUUGAAACCUAUUGACCGUGCGGUUAUGGUGUCUGCGAAAGCGCCGACGCAGGUUACUGAUGCUAUUUCUAUGCUUGGCGAGAAUGGUCCGCUUGGGCAGCCGCUACUUGCCAAGUUGGUGCCGUAUGCGGUUCAUAUUGCAGCUAGUAUAUACUCUGAUCGACGGGAUCGGCUGGUUAAUGAGACGAUUAUUGGGGAAUUGGAGUCGAUGACAGAUAAACUGCGAGAACUGUUGCAAUCGCUCAAUCUGCCAGGCUCACUACAAGCUUUGGAGAAACCGCUAGGACUACCGCCGACUCUUGUGUCUCAUGCGGAAGAGCUCCGUCAACAAGAUGGUCUCAAUCGUCUGCAUCGGUCGCUUGAAGACACGGCCCAAGUCAAGAACAACGAUAAAGCAUUGUACACUGAAGGUGUCGACCUGCUAGCAGCCGAAAAGGAAGAAGACGACAAGGCUCGCGCAAAGUACGGCACAGACCGGUGGACCAGAGACUCAUCUGUCAUCGCCGGACAAAAAGUCUACCAAACAGCGUCGGACAUCAACGGCUAUUUCUCUUCCGCCCAGAGCACUGAUGAUCUGAUUCGGGGUAAAUUGCGAGAUACUGAAAAGAUUCUCCGGAUUUUGACCGGUACCAAUCGGGAUUUGGAGUCGUACGUUCCUAGUAGUCGUCGAGCUGCGAUUACGCCAGACUUAGAGAGGGAGUCUAGUAGAUUAAGGAGUUGUUUGAAUGAAGUGAUCAGACUUGAGAAUCGGCGGAAGCGUCGGAUUCAAGUAUUGAAGGAGAAGGCUCGCGCGGAUGAUAUCAAUCCCGCUCUACUCAAAGAAACUGCUCGCCUUGAGCGAGAAUUCCCCAUGCAACCCAUCGAAGCAAGCCAGUUUGAGAAUCUGUUUGAAGAUCAUCUUCACCUAUACGAUUCAGACCUGGACAUGGUCGCCCAAGAACGAAAUGAACAAGUACAACUCGAAACUCAAGUCCGCGAAGCAAACAACAAUUUCAUCCGUGCUCGCCGGGGUGACACAUCUAGUAAAGAACGCGAAAGGGCGCUACAAGAACUCGAGAACGGUUAUGCAAAGUACAAGGAGCUCAUUGGGAAUAUUGAAGUUGGAAGAAAAUUUUAUAAUGAUUUGGCCAAGAUUGUCAGCCGGUUCAAAGAUGAUUGCAAGUCGUUUGUGCACGAACGUAGGAUGGAGGCUAGUCAAUUGGAAAGUGACAUCACCAAUGCUGCAGCUAUGGCAGCACUGAAUAUAUCAUCUCACCAUCCUAUCAAAUCUCAACCACAACAACCACCUCAGCAUCAACCUCCGGCACAACAACCCCUUACCGCACCACAACCUACAAGAGCAAAUGCAGCUCUACCACCACCCGUCGCAACUACAGGUGGUAUCUGGUCUCCGGAGAUGGGUAUAAGGUUUGGAGGACCGUUACCUGCUCCUGGGACUACGCAGCCGGGUCGACAGCGGAAUACCGGGGAUCCGCAAGCUGGGACUUGGGAUUCUAGUAAGGGGAUGAGGUUUUCGUAGUGGUUUUUGAUGUUGUAUAUAUUACACAAAUAGGAUAUACGUGUACAGAAUUAUAAUCGUACAUAUGUA